UUGUUUGACUCAUGUUCUGAGGUUGUUUGUAUCCGUACUCUUUUCUCUAGUACUAUUUUAAGUAAUAUAUUUUUUCGGUUUGCGUAAAAAAACCUUAAAAUUGAACGUAACAAGGACGACGUGUACACUUCUACUAAAAUUUUAAUUGUUCAUAACAAUCGCGUAUUUGCGUGACCAUAAAAUAAGUUGGUAUCUAGGGUCCAAACGUCUUAGAUCAUCAUCUUGUAACAGUUAAUGUGAAACAGUCUCACCCAAAAUCGAGGCUUUGCCCUAUUUGGCCAUUGUUGAUUUGUUGUGAAUUGUUUAGGUGGUUGGACGUUAGUUACACACAAGCUAGUAGUGUGUGCGCCAAAGAGGCCUUUUUAUAGAGGGAGGAGAGGCCCAUAUCAGAUAUGUGCCUCCAAACACAUAUCUGAUGGCACAAUGGCAAGCAAUGGGUGCCGGCGGACAAAGGAAAACCGCGACCACUAAACCGCGAGGAGGAGGAGGAGUGGCGGCUAUUCGGCGGGCCCCUAACUCGAAACCACCCUUCACACUAGGCCAACUCAAACAAGCCAUCCCACCACAUUGUUUCCAAAGGUCCCUCAUAAAAUCCUUCACCUAUCUAGUAUAUGACCUUACACUAGUCUCUUGCUUAUACUUCAUUGCUUCUUACGUUAUUCCAACUUUAGCUUACCCUUUCCCUUUGUUGGGUUGGGCCGUAUAUUGGGCUGUACAAGGCUGUGUUCUCACGGGUAUUUGGGUCAUAGCCCAUGAAUGUGGCCACCAUGCUUUUAGUAAUUACCAAUGGGUUGAUGAUAUGGUGGGCUUAGUUUUUCAUUCCUUCCUUUUGGUCCCAUACUUUUCUUGGAAGUAUAGCCACCGUCGCCACCACUCCAACACCGGCUCGUUGGACCGGGAUGAGGUGUUUGUACCCAAGCCCAAGUCUGAAAUGUCUUGGUACUCUAAGUCCAUGAACAACCCACCGGGCCGUUUGGUGUCUCUUAUAAUCACACUUGUAUUGGGUUGGCCCUUGUACUUGCUCUUCAACGCGUCGGGCCGUCCAUAUGACCGGUUCGCUUGUCAUUUUGACCCAAACGGGCCCAUUUUCUCAACCCGGGAAAGGGCCCAAGUUUUGGUAUCUGAUUUAGGUGUUCUUGGGGUGUUGUUUCUCCUAUACAAGGUUGCUAUGGCUAAAGGUCUUGUUUGGGUGGUUUGCAUUUACGGCGUCCCACUUUUGGUUGUUAACGGUUUUCUUGUCACCAUAACGUACCUCCAGCACACGCACCCAGCGUUGCCCCACUACGACUCAUCGGAGUGGGAUUGGCUUAAAGGCGCGUUGUCCACAAUGGACCGCGAUUAUGGCGUGUUAAACAAGGUUUUCCAUAAUAUAACAGAUACUCAUGUUGCUCAUCAUUUGUUCUCUACAAUGCCUCAUUACAAUGCAAUGGAAGCAACCAAGGCAAUAAAGCCUAUUCUUGGAGAAUAUUAUCAAUUUGAUGAGAUGCCAUUUUAUAAGGCUUUAUGGAGGGAAGCUAAGGAGUGUUUGUACGUUGCGCCAGACGUGGAUUCUCACCAGAAAGGUGUAUUUUGGUACCAGAAUCGGUAUUAAAAGUUCAAUGCAAGUCCUGAACUGUUGAGAAAGUGAUUUUGACGCACCAAAAAGUGAUUUUAAAACAUAGGGAAUUGUGUGCUAUUCACAUAGAAUGAUAAAAGUGUGCCAAAAUCAGUUUCCUGAACUGUUAGGUUAUGAACCAAGUGAUUAGUUCUCAUGAAAGCAUGCAUUUGCACUUGUUCCAUGUAUCAUAUUAUAAGUUAUGGAGAAUAUAUGUUAAUAGUGUCUUGGUAUAUAAUGUAAAGAUAGAUUCUCUAUCUAUGUUAAAUUUGGUCA